AUGCCAGUUGAUCUCUAUACAGCGCGGUACACCGGCGCGCGCAAGGUGUACACCUUCUGCGACCUUCUCGAUGAAGAGUUCUUGGUACCCCAACCAGUUAUUCCCGGCCCGCUCAAGAUCGACGAAAAGGCUGUCAAGAUUGUGUUGCGGAAUGACAAAGUGGGCGUUGCGCUGCUUGCCUAUGCCGAGGAGCCUUGUGAGGUCGAGGUUUGGGGGUCGCUCACCCACCAAGCUCUCUACGAGCUUGCGCGCAGCAACGGCGACGACUUCGUUGUCUUCAGCUUCUGCCAAGCAGUCAAAUGUGGUACCUCGACCGCGGCUCAUCUCCCACCCCACGUGGUGACUGUCUCGUGGAGGUUCAUUCGAAGUACGUGCCGAACUCCCAUGAACGAUUUGCGUUCACACAAAGGCACUUGGAAUGGAUACUCCCGGAUCGAGGAGGUUGUCGAGGCGUUUACAGGCGAGACGCCCGAAGAGCCGAGUCGAUCAAAGCAGAGCAAGAAUGGUGACGAGUCAAUAAAAAAGGGAAAGCGAGCCAGUCUUCGACCCGCCAAGACUGAGAAGCACGCACAGGAUACGGAGCGCCAGAGGGAGGAAGAUAUACAGAUGAUGGAGGGCUAA